CGGUCAGUGCUAUAUCAGUGACAGACUGCGAGAGUCGGCAGAGGCCUUGGUUUGGUUGCUAAAGGACUAAAAGACAAUAAAAUCAACGACAAAAUAAUGAAGCAUUUUCUUGCGCUGCUGUGUGUCGUCGCGUACUUCGGUCACGCAGAGGCUGACGACAGGAACAGAUACCAAGAAACUGUGCAAGAUUUCUUAGGACUGUUGGAGAGAGACACAUCACCACCUAAAGGAGGCUCAAGCAGUGCCAGCCAAGCGAAUGACUUCAUCGACGUUGUCCUUCUGCAGAGGAUGCCUGCACUCAUCAGGGAAACUACUGGCUUGUUCCCGGCAGCUUCAUUGCCUCCCUACAAUUUCAAGGUGUACAAGACGUCCAUCACUAACCGUGACCUGAAAGUGAACGUGACGCGAGGUGGGCUCAGGAACUUCGACACGGCUGUGAUCCGCGUCGGCGACUGCAUCCCCGCUCUGGUGGCCGGGAACACGAGCGUCAGCUGCACACUCAGCUUCGAUGGCAUCCUCGCGGAACUUGUCGCCGUGACCAAGGGAGACAACCUGCUGGGCAUAGUGAAAUCUGUGGACGUCGACGCCCUCGUCUACAACACGACCGGCCGGCUCGAGGUCACAGCGGCUCCGAACAGACCGGGGUUCGUGCGCACUCUGUUCGUGGAAAGCGUCAACUUCGACGUCAGGCCGGGAUCGAACCUCGAUUUGAACGAAGUCCGGAUGAGCAACUUCAAGUCGUACAUCGCUAACUUUCUCACGGAAGAGUUGUACAUGAACAUAUACGGCAAUUAUCAGACGCUCCUUAACCACGCGGUCGCCCGCAUGAACUUUGUUCUGUCUUAGUGGUGGUCCGCAAACGAUGGAGAAAAGAGGGACCUGGCGCCGCUACACGAAGCUUUUUGAACGCUACGUAGGAGCGAGCGUACAAAAUUUUCUUCGCAUGGUUGGGGAUGCAGAAUUUUGUUGCGAAGCGAGAGCACAAAUGCAAUUAGUGCAAAAAAAAAAAAAUUGUAGAGUGCAAUGAACGCACUGUUAUUGUGUGCACAUGUAACUUUGUUGAGCUUGCACGUGAAAUGAAAUAAACACAAAUAAAGCCGGUAUAACUUCAAUCUCUUUAGAUUGAGAAUUCCCACCUUCUGUGCGAUGUGUGAUUGUCUCAGAGGCAGGACAAUGAUGUUGGUGCUAAUGCCAGUAUAGUGACAUUCAUACUUUUUCUUUCACUAUGUGACAUUAUUUGUGUCUUUGUGACUUUCGUUUGUGUCUAGAGCCUGUUGAGAUUUCUUUAUCGAUUUUUUUUAGGUAGUACAUUUCAUGUCUCAGGAUAUAUAGCUGGCCAUAAAAGAGCCCGCCUUCUCCUUUUAUUGCGAUUAAAUUAGGGAAAGAAUUAGAGGAAUUUCGGUGUUCAAUGUUGAAAGUUGGAAACCAGUGAAAGGUUGUUUUAUCUGACAUGAUGUGUCGCCCCGUGACAUUUGACACAGUAUAAUAAACAGUCGUAAAGCACAAUA